AUGGCUCCCAUUUCUGUAAAAAUCAAGCACGCUGGGAAGGUCCACGAUGUGCAGCUCGAUCCCGACCAGCCUGCCACCCUGUUCAAGGAUGCGGUCUACCAAUUAACGGGUGUGCCACCAGACCGCAUGAAGGUCAUGAUCAAGGGUGGAAUUCUCAAGGACGACACCGAUUGGCGCAAAGUGGCUCCGAAGGCCGGUCAGACAUUUAUGGUGAUCGGUGCUGCAGGGGAGCUCCCAAAGCCCCCAUCAACUCCAAUCCAGUUCAUGGAAGACAUGGACGAUACCUCCUUGGCACAAGCACUGGCCUUACCCGUCGGACUCGUCAAUCUGGGCAACACAUGUUAUAUGAAUGCGACACUCCAGGCCAUGCGUGCCAUUCCGGAGUUGCAAGCAGCUCUCCAACAUUCUGCACCUACGGGCCUGCCCUUUGCGCUCCGCAAUCUCUACUCGAACAUGGCAAAGACCACCGACAGCGUCACACCGACCGCCUUCCUCGCCGCGCUCCGCCAAGCGUUUCCUCAGUUUGCGGAGCAGUCGCGAGCAACGGGUCUCAAGUUGCUGCAGGGCGGCGUAUACGCUCAGCAAGAUGCGGAAGAAUGCUGGGUGCAGCUGACUAACUCGCUGAAGGACGUACAGGGCCUUCCCGGACCGUCUUCGGAGUCUGCAACGGGCAAGUUCGUAGAGCAGUACAUGACUGGAGAGCUCCGACGGACACUAAAGCUAAAGGAAUCCGAAGCUUCGGAUGAGCCUGAGUCGGUUUCCUACGAGAAGGUGCUCAAGAUCUCGUGCAACAUCUCUAAUGCCGUCAAUUACAUGCAGCAAGGCAUCAUGGAGGCCCUCGACGGCGAGAUCGAGAAACAAUCUCCCUCCCUCGGCCGGGAAGCGGUGUACACCUCGACGCAGCGCCUCUCGCGCCUCCCUACCUACCUCACCGUCCACAUGGUACGCUUCGCAUGGAAGCGCGACAUCGGAAAGAAGGCGAAGAUCAUGCGGAGAGUGAAGUUCCCGACCGAGUACGACGCGCUCGAGAUCGCGACGCCCGAGCUCGCGGAGAAGCUGCUGCCCGCGAGCAGGAAGCUGAAGGUGUUCGAGAAGGAGCGCAGCGAGCGCCGCAAGGUCCGCAAGCGCACCAAGGUCGCGGUGCCCGCCAAGGAUAAGGAGGGCGACGUCCAGAUGGGCGACGCCGCAGCCUCUGCGGCUUCCUCUUCCGCGUCUGCUUCUGAGCCUGCUGCUGCUGCUGCUGCUCCCGCGGAAGGUAGCGCGGAGGGUGACAAGGGGAAGGCGGUCGCGGGCAUUGAGCUUGAGGACGAGAGCGUGUACCGCGAGAAGGAGGGCAAGGAGCUGGAGGCGCUCAUCCAUCCGGACCUGAAGACGGACGUGGGGGCGAGCGUGACCGGGCAGUAUGAGCUCGUUGCGAUCGUGACGCACAAAGGCGCGGAGGCCGACGCCGGGCACUACAUCGGGUUCGUCAAGAAGCGCGCACUGCACAGCAACCUCGGGACGACCCCGGCAGGACCUCAGCUCGACGAGGACGACGAAGACUGGUACAAGUUCGACGACGACAAGGUAUCGAUCUUCCCCGCUGAGAAGCUCGAGACGCUCUCCGGUGGCGGGCAGGACGCGUCGGCGUACGUGCUGCUCUACAAGGCCCGGCCUUUGGUAUAGAUGCCCUUGCGACAGAGUGAAGGGGCUAGAGUGGGCUCCUGGGGUCACGGGCCAUGUUUGAGAAGGACGGGCGGGACGCCUCUCGAUUUGAACUGAUGACCUUGGAUGGGUGAAACAGGAUCGAGACCGGACUCGGCGGGUUGUACUGUAUGUUGUUAUGAUCUUGCUGAUGGAGAUGGUGUACGUGCGUCAGCGUGCCGUGUCUGUUGCGAAGCGAAUUCAGUUUGAAACCGAAGUUGCACGCCGGCGAUUCGCCCACGACAAUGUCGAAGUUGUUUGCUCAGUGUUCUGCUUGGCAUGUCUUGCCGUACCGAGGAUUCCUUUCGAGCGUCGAGUAUCUGCCCGAACACCAACGCUGCAUGGUCUGCCGCGACCUGUGCAUUGCGUAUGCCGUCGUCAAGCGCCACAACACUCUUGUUCUCCGAUUGCUCCGGAUACGGAGAUGAUCGGAUGCGUGAGAAGUCAG